AUGUCCUUGGAAUCCAACAACCUGCCCCGCAUGUUACUCCUCAACAUUGUCUGGGAUCUCCGAAACCCCUCUGCACACCAAGUGAUCCACCCUUUUGACAUUCCCGAAACUAUCAACCCAGCGCAGGUUUCGGCCGUACCUCCUCCUAUACUCCCCAGCAAUCUUCCAAUGUACAGAUUGAAGGGAAUGCUCUGCCGAAAGGGGGACACCGUGCAGGUGACCAGUGGACACUAUGUGGCUUUGAUAAAGCAUGAUGAUGUGCUGUGGGAGAUUGACGACGAAAAAACCUCUCGUAUGUUUCUGAACCGGGACGCUUUCGGUGGUACACGAUUCCCGGUCUUGCUGUUCUAUACACUGGAAGAUGAAGUCAAGCCAUCAGCAAGUCAACCCAUUGCCAAAAAGAGACGACUGAAUAAGCCAAGUGGGAAAGCAAUGUCAAAAUCGGCUUCGAAUCCUGAAAUACCAAAAGCUGAAGGCCCAACACUGGAAGCACCAAACCCCCAACCUCCCGUUUCGGACGCCAUACCAGCUAAUUCUUCAAAUUCGGAGCUGCCAACUUCGGCCCCGCCAACGCUUGAACCUCCGAAUUCGGGAGAUCCGAAAGUUCCUCCUCCAAACCCAACGGAACAAGAACCUGCCCCAGUUGAUGUCCAGUCCACAAGCUUGGCGCCCACCAGUACCCCUACAGACCCCACCGCUUCUCAGCCCAAUGUUCUUCCCACAGUUUCUCAGGGUACCAUCCCUCCGAAGCCUACACAUAUUUCUCCACCUGGUGAUGAACCUCCCGAAAGCGGGCCUUCCUCGAGCAACAUGCUGUGCCAAACCAACACACCCCAGGGUGAAUCGGCUCCCCCCGAUCAAGCUAUCAGUCUCAAUCCCACUGUAGCUUCUCAAGACAUUACAGCAGAACCAGAUUCCCCAUCAUCAUCCAUGGACAUUGAUCCUCCAAGUGUCGUUCCCACUGUUGAACGCUCUCCCUCACCCGAGGUUCCGCAGUACUGUCAACUAGAAAAGGCUCAGUCAGUCAUUGCCGAAAGACUAGCACAAGUUCAGUGGCGUUCGGGGGAAUCCUUUCAACCUCUCAUCUCCGUCAGCACAUUUCAAGAUGUUGAUAGCCUUUCGGACGAUCUCCUUGAGGACCUGUGCGACCAGAUGGAAGCUAUGUUUCAUGACAUGGCCGAAGAUGAGCAUAAGGGCUUGAAGCUGCAGGGUGUAGACUCCACAUUCGGGUCAAAAACGUUGCGUAAGUUCUACGGAAGGAAUGAGUGGUACACCAAUUUCGGAAUCGAUGAUAUCUUGCUUUCGGUGUCAGCUUUCAUCCGAAAUUGUGUGAAUCUGGGGAUUGGAAUGUCUGACCCCAUACCAAACUCGUUUGUUUACCGAACCCUAGCUGCUGGUGACAACUGGAACCCAUACAUACCUGGAGGUACGCCAUGGCCUUCUCUGGGCAAGGACGGGCAAUGGAGGAAAGAGAACACAGUUGGGGUUCUGAUGUCGAGCUCCCAUUUUGAGACACUGGUAAUCUUUGGGCCACAGAAGCUGGUGUUGAUGUAUGAUGGGGCAGGGGGGACUUAUGAUUCGGGAGAACAGAAGAAGCAAUGGUCACGCCUGCUAGAACGCCGUUUGUCCUGGGAAGUCAGAAAAGGCAUAGCAACAGAGGCUGAAGCUAUGGGUUGGUUGAUUGCUCCAAAUUCUCAGGCUACCAGGGAUAACCUGGACUGGGUUACACAAGUGGACUCACACAGCUGUGGUCCUCUAGCAUGUGCCGCUGCAUGUCUUCUUCUCCAGGGAAUCAGACCGACUGCUUCUGUGCUUGGGGUGAAAUCAUCAACUCUGGCUAGAGGUGAGAGUAGAAAACUACGAACAAGUGUGCUUCAACUGGUGCUUGCAAUGGCUGCACGGGAUCCAGCAAAUGAGUCUAUAUUCAGUCCGAAGGUGAAAAAAUUGAUGGACAAGUCUGUACCUUCCAUGACUUACUACAUAGAUCGCCUGUAG